CUAUUGCCCUUCAAAACAAGAGCACGUCUUACAAUAUAGAAAAUGUCAGGCAAAGACAAAGACCUGAUUCAUAAUAUACCAAAAAGUCGUAUUCGUAUAUCACAAGGGCGUUGAGGGUCGUUAUAUCGCAAAAGUAUUCGAGCAAUAAACCAGAAUCGCUCUUAAGACUACCUUCCUGACCAAAGUCACCGGACAUAGUCUGGAUGGGAGUAUUCACGCUAGCUUUACAAUAGCUAGCUUGUUGGUAAGCACGUUUAUAUAUAUAUAGAUAUAUACACACUUCAAGAGCAAAUAUCAUUUUCUGAGCGUUCAGACUCAUCUGGAAGUUGGUGUUGAGAGGUGAAUAGAAAGCAGCAGAGGAACCACUGACGCUGUUUUGUGGAUGAUGUCUUCAACAUUACUCUUCAACCAGGACAGUGUUAUACGCUUUAAAAAAAGGAAAGCCCGUUUCACUUUCAGUGAGGUCCACAUACUUUUGGAUGAAGUGAGGAAACAUCGCUCUGUGGUCGUGGGAAAAUUCAACCGCGGUGUGGGAACAGACGUCAAGAAGCGCACAUGGGCUGAAAUUGCAGCCCGUGUCAAUGAGAUCGGCGAGUGCCAGCGAGAGGUCAUUGAAGUUGUGAAGAAAUGGUCAGACCUGAAGUGUGACACCAAGCGAAAAGUUGCUGCCAUGCGGUCGGGCAAGGUGCCGAACCGGGGCAUCAAUUCACGUCUUUCUAAAGACCUUAAUCAAACAGAGAAAGUCGUGCUCCAGAUUCUGGAGAUGGAUCAGGAAGACCAGAUCAACAGUGACUUGGGCCCACUUUACGAUGAUGACUAUGUUGAAGAAAUGGACGAGGACGACAUGGUUGGAAUGCAGAGUUCACCCAACGGUGCUGACGAGUUGUCUUUGCCGCCGCCGAUGUCUUAUUCUUCAAGUGGAUUUCCCCAGUCAGGGGACACAUCACAGACUGCAUUUGACAUGCAGUUUGAAAUACCUGCUUCAGAAGACUGGGAUGAUGACCAUAAAGAUGAUGCGCUGCCUUCAAGUCAGGCUCCGAAACUAAGAGGGGAUCAUCAAGGAAACAACGGUCUCCAGAAAGAAGAACAGGCUCCUAUUUCCUCCGGAGCUUCGACCUCGACAGGCUCACUUCCGAUCACUGGUCAGCCCAGCCUCAAUGCGAGGGAAAGCAUGCUUCAAAAUGCAUCACUCAGCCUCCAGGAGCAACACGCCACCAACGUCCUGCUGGAAACGGUUUCACGCUCCCUCGAGCUCCUGUCCGAGUCAGUGCAGCAACUCGCAGAGACGCAGCAGGAGUUUGUGCGAGAGUCCCUGCAGCUCCAAAGAGAAACGGUCCAGGUUCUUCGAGACUUUACAGGGAGCACCAUCACUCUCAUGCAUGAUAAACUGAAUGGACGACCUGCAUUAUAGCAUUCAAGUUGCCAGACUUUAUACAGUAUAUAUGGCCGACAGCCUCUAAAACCUUCCAUUUCCUUUGGAUUUUACACUGGUUACUGUAUUUAUGACAGGACUCGACAGAUAUUCCACGAGUAGAGACAAUUUACGGUUAGAAAGCCUGUCUGAGGAUUUUAAUGGAACUGUUUGUUUUGCUACUGAGAGUGAUAUUUCUGUCACUGCAUUGUAAAGCAUGUAUCACUUUUCUAAGGCUUUCGUUUUAUUGCUGGUAUUCAAGAAUGGGUCAUUGAAUUUGAGCUGUGUCAUAUUCAGUGCGUUCUGUCCAUAAGUGUUCCCUUGUGUCUGAGUAUAGAGUAUCACGUGUACUGUAACCUAGAGUAGUUUUCAGCACCUGACCAUUAUAUGGUCCAUAAUAUCUUAAAGCUAUACUUCUUAUUUUUAAAUCCUAUCCUGCAUUAUAUAUUAGAAUAUCCAAAAAAGUGAAGCAUUUUCUUUUAGGCGUCAAAUAAACUAUGUGUAAAAAAUUUUAGCAUUUUUU